ACUGCUAAGCGGGAUGUGUUUGACAUUUCACAAAUGCGGGGUAUGCAAUUGAUUCGGCCCGGGUCGUUGGCUAAGUCUUCCAAUAUAAUCACUUCGGCGGCAAAAAACGCAUCAUGCAGCCGCGGCUGGCUUCGUCUGGUCGUCCAAACCAUAUUCGCAACGAUCACAGUAGCGAGCUUCAUCCUCAUUCUCAUCAUGGCUAUACCGUUUCACCCGCCUCUGACCCCUUCAAACCGUCCUCCAAGGUGCCAGGAGAAUGAUGACUGCAGGAUCACGUGCAGAGAGACACCGCUGUUUGGGGAGUAUGAAGAUGAUAUCAUUAGAGCGGUUUCGAAAGCUGAAGAAAAAUGCAAGUCUAUAAUUCUAACGUUGGACAGUCCGAUGUUUCUGAACAACACAAUGCCGGAAAAAUGGCUGUCAAAGCUACGAACAAAUAUUCACGAAUUGACCAUAAUCAACGGGAAUCUGCAGCAUGUCCCAGCGAAUGCCUUCCUGAGUCAAUACACUUCAACUAUACGAGUUUUAGUGUUCCAGAACUUAGUAUUUAGAUCUUGGUCGUCAAAUAGUCUCGUAGGCCUCAUAAGUUUGCGACGCCUCUACGUCAACGAUUGUAUCAUCCUAAAUGUCCCGAGAGACGCUUUGAGAGCUGUAGAUGGCACAAUACAUAGUCUCACUAUCACUAGAAGUGACCAUUGGGACCCUACAAACGUUACAGGCGUAACCACGUUCCAGAGAUUGAAAUCCGUUGAUUUUUCCUACAACUCUUUUCACAACGUUUUAGGGCGCACCAGUUUCACAGGACUCACUAAGUGCAAAGUUUUGUUUCUUAAUUCUUGUGGUAUAACUGCAAUUGGCGCGGGAGCAUUUGAUAACUUACACAGUUUACAAAUGUUAUAUUUGCAAGACAACAAUCUUGUGAUGAUUCCACCGGGUUUGUUCGAUAAUAUCAUAAUGCUCACUUCUCCUACAGCUAGAAUUAAUCUACACAACAAUAAGUGGCAUUGUGAUUGUUCGAUGCGGGAUAUCCGACGAUUAGCAAAUACGAAUGUAUUGGUCACUGAGCCAGUAUGCACAAGUCCAGAAUUUUUCAAAGAUAGAACUUUCAGUGAACUUGAUGAAAAUUGUUCCCAAGGAGGUAAUAAUUAUGAAAAUAAUACUGCUGCUGUUAUUGGCACUGUAGAUAGCGCCAGAUCAUAUUGGGAUGACUUGGACGAUAUAAAUGGCUUUGUGUAUGUGAGCAAUACUUGUUUGAACGGAAUGAGAUAUAACAGCACAAACGUAACUUUGAGGAUGUUUUCUCCAGUUGUAGGUCACAGCUGCCCUUUUAAUGGGUUCCAGAAUAUAAAAGAUAUUGUCUCAUUUGCAUCCAGUCCUAUCAACCAGAUACUACCCAAAGACAGUUGGAUACAUUUAACAUAUUUUCUGACUACUGAUUGCUAUUCCAUGGUAGAAAUAACUGCUAUUGAUUCAGAGGAAUACGGUCUUGUUUGGUAUCAGACAACGUGUCCAUACGAAGUGUACUGCGUUAGCGAUGUCCCUUCUGUUUUCAGAAUUUACAACGUAGACCCAAACGCUCAAUAUGUUUUUUGUCCCAUACAUCUAACCACGGGUGUAGUGGAACGUAAAAACUGCGUCAUUUACAGUAAUGCCACGUUUGACUAUGAAGAAGCUUACAACAAACUCCAUAUAGUUCUUUACAUUGUGACUGGAGCAGUGAGUGUCAUUUUCGGAGCUCUUUGCGUCUAUGCUGUUAUUCUCAAACAUCCUCACCUUCUGAAAGGAAGCAAACGAAUUCUAUUUGUGAAACACAAAACUGUUGAUGCUCUAGUUUUGCCACCAAAAGUGCCUCUGAGGAGUGAUUUGAUGGGUCAGUCGACACCAGUUUUUGAGGAAAAGAAAAUAUUUAUAAUGCCUUCAAAUUCGAUUCCACCUCCAAGAUUUAACAGAAACGUAUCUUAUAGAAGUAGCAGUACGCCUAGUUACAUUUCUGCUUUACAGCCGACUGAGGAUCAGCUAGCAGAAUGGCGUAUCAGGCAUCACUUUGAUAACAAUGACCUGUCUUUCUCCACAUCUCCGUCAGAACUGUCAACUCUCUCAUGGGUGUCAAGCAGCGAUGGAACAUACCAUUCCAUCGAACUUGAUAACUACAGAAUUUAUGAGAGCUUGAAGUAGUUGAUUUAUUUCAAUAGCUGCUACAGGAAACCUUUUCCAUUUAUCACCUCACAUGCCAGGUAUAAUUUAUCAUAUGAGUCGUUUAGUUAUUCCAUUUUUAUGUCCAUUAGCGUUCAUUUCCUAUGAGCUAAUGUUUAACCGUGAAAUGUGAGGUGGAAAUUAGCAAGACGUUAUAUGAAAUCUAGCUGGUUUUAGCACAAAGAUUAAUAUACCUAGGUGUUUUACUUUGGGUAGCAUAGUAAAUUUUAUAUUUCUAAAAUGGAAAAAUCACUUUAAAAUGUAUUUUUGAAGUUUUUUUUUUGCGGUGACUAAUGAUAAUUUCGUCGAAUUACACCUGCUUCAAGCAGUUAACUGUAUCUAACAUUGUAAACAAAAGUGAAUCACCGUUGACUGCACACAGCUCUAAAAUAUAUUGUAACUGGUUGCAUAACAUGAAAUAGUACUCCCCGGAACAAAACAAUGUCUUUGGCUCACCUCUCGGGUUCGGGGAACAACUAAAAUGUAGUCACCGUGUAUCGGGUAGCCGUCAAUGUCUGUCCUCGCUUGAAUCAAUCUGCUACAGCUGUUUGUGACGUCACCUGCGCCGGCGCACGACCAUUGUCUUACUCAUUGGACGAUUGUUCUAUUCCUAGACAGUUUUAAAAUCGACUGUAGGCUUAGAGAAAAUUAAUUAAAAAUCAUAAAUCAGGUUGUCGACCUUCUUUUUAGCGUCGUUGGAA